AUGAGCAUAGAGGAAGAAACCCCCAGUGCUGAAAAGGCGAACGAUGAAAAGACGAACAAUGAAAAGAAGAACAAUGAAAAGACGAACGAUGAAAAGACGAAUGAGAAUUCCAAAAAUGAGGAGUUGAAGGAUUCCCCCGUAAAUCAGGAAGAGAAGAAAGAUGACACAAAGGUGGAAAGUAAAGAUGAUACCAAAGAGGAAAGUAAAGAUGAUGUCAAAACGGACAGUAAAAAUGAUGAGAAAAGCAACGGAAAAGAUGAAGAAAAAAAUGAAGCCAAAGAAGACACCAAGGCCGAAGCAGGAGGAGAUGAUGUCAUGAACAUGCUGAUGAGCUACCUGCAGAAGAAUAAGGACGAUCCCAAAAUCAUGCAAACCAUGUUGAGCAUGAUGGGCGGGAAGGGAAAAGACGCUGCAACAGGGCUGAGUGAGAUAAAAUUGCCAAACAGCGGGGCCAAAGAAACUGAAGGAAGAGAAGACAAAAACCUCUCUGAUAAAGGAAGUGCAAUGAAUGGAAAGAAGAAAGACGAAGAGGAAUCGCAAAGAAAUGGUGACAAGAAAAACAAGGAAGAGAAAGAGACAGGAAAUAAAAUGCUAAAUCUGUUUGGUUCGAAAAGUGAAAAGAGCAUUUUUCCUAAUUUUGGAUUUUCCAGUGGAUUCAAGAACACAGGAAAUGAGACAAAGGAGGGAUCAUCUUCAGGUGCAGGUAGCAUUUUUGGAGAUGGAAAAAAAAAUUUCUUUGCUCAGUUUGGAGAAGAUAAAGGGCGCAGUGGUAGUGACAGUAUGAACAAGUUCGGGUUUAGUGGAUUCAGCGGAUUCAGCGGAUUUGGUAACGCCACCUUUGGUAAUGCCAACUUUGGUAACUCCACCUUUGGUAGCACCGCUCUUGGUAACACCACCUUGGGCAGUGGGAAGAAAAACGAAGAUGGGACCACCCCUGCGAAGGAGAAAACAACACAAGUAAUCUUCAGCAAUGGAAAAAGUACCACAGAUGCUAGUACAAGCAAGGAGAAGGAUGAAGGGACCGGAAAAAGCGACACGGGUAUGAAGAAAAAAUUCGAAACCUUGGUUGAAGAUGACGAUGAUUACAUAAUAGAAAGCGCAGAAACGAAGGAACCAAUCGAAGAAGAAGCAAUUUCAAUGAUAGAAAAUAUGAACAUAAUGAAUAACGAAAGUGGAAAGGAAAAAAAAUUAAGUAACUUUGAUUUUAGCAAAGCAUUAAAUAAUAAUACCACUGAGGAAGUGAGAGAUGUGAAAUUAUAUCGUUCCAGAAAUACAUGGGAAGAAUUAAACAUAGAUAAUGAGCUUAUCCAAAUAUUGACGUAUUUAAAAUUUUUCGCACCUUCAAAAAUACAGGGUCUGGCUCUUCCGUACAUAUUAAAUACUAACAAAAAUUUAAUAGCGCAGGCUCAAAAUGGAUCAGGAAAAACACUUACCUUUGUCAUUUCCAUGCUUUCCAAGAUUAACAGAAAUGAAGGAAUUCUGCAAGCCAUGUGUAUCUGUCCAACGAGGGAAUUAGCUCAACAGAAUUAUGAUGUCGUAGGAAAAUUUACAAAAUAUUUAACCGUGAAAGUUUUUCUAGCUGUACCAUUAUGCGAUAAAUAUAAUAAAAACGAGGGGUUCCAAAUCUAUGUUGGUACACCAGGAAAAACAUUAGACUUGUUGAAGAGAAAAUUUGUGGAUACAAAGAAUGUGUCAAUUUUUGUAUUAGAUGAAGCUGAUGAUUUAAUCGAUAUUAAAAAUAAUAUGUCUUCGCAAGUGGAAAGUAUCAAAAGGUUUUUACCAAAGCAAUGCCAAAUUCUUCUCUUCUCUGCUACAUAUAAUGAAGAGGUAAGAUCCUUUGCAGAUAGGUUUGCUCCAAAUGCAUCGAAAAUUAGUGUGCGUCAGGAAGAUUUAACUUUAAAAUGUGUUAAGCAGUAUUAUCUGUUAACAGAAAAUGAAGAACAGAAAUACUACUACCUUUCUGAAUUGUAUUGCUCCAUGAGCAUUUCGCAAUGUGUUAUUUUUGUCAAUUCUAAAGUUUCAGCUUACAAUCUCUACCAGUUUAUGACGGAGAGGGGGCACAAUGUUACUCUCAUUUGUGCAGAUAGUGUUAUUAGUAGAUUUACAAAAAAUCAAGUACAAAAGGCAAAUGUGUUAGGCAUGGACCCGAAAACUAGGGAUACCCUAAUGUCCGAUUUUAAGAGUGGAGUGUCCAAAGUUUUAAUCUGCACAGAUUUGCUUUCCAGAGGGAUUGACGUACCCACCAUCAGCUUAGUUAUUAAUUUUGACUUACCCUAUGUUUAUCAUGGAAGAAUUUCAGAAAACCAUGGAAACCAUUUCGCUAACAGAAAAGUGAACAUGGAAACGUACAUUCAUCGUAUUGGACGGACAGGAAGAUUUGGAACGAAAGGAAUGGCUAUUAAUUUUGUAAGUAAAAAUCAGUUGGUUUAUAUUAAGCAAAUAGAACAAUUUUAUCAGUGUGUUAUAUCAGACUUGGAAGUCGAUUCUGAGAUUAUGAUUACAUCCGCCUCGAAGGGAGGAGACUGA